AUGGCUAAUAAUUGUCAAUCUAAAAACAAUCACAAUGACUAUGUAAAAGAAUUAAUGCAAUACAUUACAGUUCACUCAUUUAGACAAUGUCUCAAUAAUCAAGAAGUAUCUGAUAAUAUUAGGGACAAAUAUAGUAUCAAAAAAAGUGAUACAGCAUAUUGGAAAGAACACAUGUAUGAAUUAAAACUAGAUAUUUUUAUUCACUACAAAUUUGUUCUCGCAUUUGAAAAUUUAAACUGCGAAGAUGAUUAUGUUCCAUCAUAUUCUAUUAUUAAAGUUACUGAUUUUAAAAAUAUAGCAAAUCUUGUUAAAUAUAUUAAUGAAGUUGCUAAUAACUAA